AUGAAAGCUGACAAUAUUAGUAUACAUUUGACUAUCGCCACAUUUAUUUUCUUUGUGUCGUGGACCGCUGCUAUUGACAUUCCAAAUGGAGAUCUAAACAAAUCAAACAAGUCGAUAACGGAUGAUUAUGAAACCACGUUGCUAUUGGAUGAUGACGAGGAUGACGAAGAUGAUAAAUUCACGGAUUAUCCAACAAAACCUAACACAAAAAUGUUUAACGCUGGUGUUACUUAUAGGACUGAAACGGAAUUGAUAUGUCGACCGCCGUUCAAGUACGACGGCCAAACGUUAUCGCACUGUUACAACGAUCGGCACUGCAAGUUGUACGGCGACUGUUGUAGGGACAGUAAGUUUUAUGACGAGCCAGGGCAGACUGUGGCCAUCACCGGCAGCGUGUACAACAACAGCCGGUACGGGUGUUACAAUAAGCACGGCUUGGACUCGGUGCAAGCGCUGUUGAUCGGCAGGUGUCCGCGUGUGGCUUCACUAGCUGAACGUGACAAGUGUGAGCGGCGCGACGAUGAUUUCAUAUCCACCUACCCCGUGUCAAGCAGUGACGGGACACACACAUAUAAGAACGUCUGGUGCGCGUUGUGUCACGGAGAACGUCGGCGGGUCGUUUACUGGAAACCUUUAUUCGACUGUUACGGGCACGACAAACGGGUGUUACCGGUACAGGUUCGGCUGGAGAACGCGUCCGACCACACACUGUUGUACCGAGACGGCAAGUGGUACUACGCCGACUACAAAAACAGGACGUUAUUCUCGUGUGACUACAAGAUCCGGCCACCGGACUCGAUCGCCACUCCACCAUUGCGCCCGUGCGUCGGCGAAGGAUCCGCUGAAGGUAUCGUGGACGGCUGUCCCGUCGGCACGCCGACCGCCAUGGCAUUGGCGUGCGCGUCACACACAUACACCCUUUUCGAGUACCAGUCAAGCGGUGACCGGGGCAGGCGCGUGUUCCGAAACGCCGACUGCGCCCGGUGCAACGGCUUGACCAUUAACCAGUUGAUGUGCGAACCACCGGCGCCGCCGUUACUCACACCGUUUAUAGGGUUCGGGUCGUUGUUUGCGGUCAGCAGGACCGGCGAACGGCGAAACCCUUGCGCUCCAGACGAGAUUUACGACGUUGCCGCUGUCAAGUGCAGGAACGUGAUUCAGGAAGAGCUGUCGGGCGCGUGCUUGACGUUCGUGACGUUUGGCCAAGGCGAAUACGACGGACGGACCUUGAGCAACGGGACGGUGUACGUGUACGCGUACAAGAAACGCGUCCGAUACAGAACGGGAGACCGGCCGACGGUCGGUGCCAAGGGCGGCGGGUCUCUACUACAGGUGUGCACCGAGGACGCGGACGGGCUGCUCAAACCGUACGAACAAUCAACGUACGCGGGGUACCUGUCGUACGCGGGCGUGGUUGGAUCGUGCGUGUCUGCCGCCGCGCUGGUCGCGCAUCUCGUGCUGUUCGGAUGCUGUGGAUGUUGUACGGGCGCUGAGCCAAAGAACCUGCCCGAAAAGAAUCUGGCCAGUCUGUCUACGGGCUUGCUGUUGGGAUACGUGGGCUAUCUGUCCGUGGCUCUGCAAGCAGUGUCCCCGGGCAAUGGACUGCCGUGCCUGGUGUCCGCGCUCACCAUGCAGUUCGGUUUCCUGGCCGCUUUUGCGUGGAUGUUCGUUAUGUCGGCUGACGUUUGGAUCGUGCUGCACGCGUCCACGAAAAAACUCCGGGUGGCCGGCGGCCAGCGUCACGGCCGGUUCAUCGUCUAUUCGAUGUUUGCCUGGCUCGCGCCCGCCGCACUCACUGCACUGUCCGCCACCAUACAAUUGCAAUUGGCUCCUGGAUCGCUGUUCCCCGAGCUCCGGCCCAACUUCCAUUACGACUGCUGGUUCCGGAACCCACAGUCACUUGUCGCGCUGUUCGUGCUGCCGGCCGGAACCGCGAUCGCCGCCAACUACGUGUCGUUCUUUGGCGCUGUCCGCCUGAUCUCUACAUCGGACGAUGGGUUCAAGACGUCUGGCAGUGGAGGCCACUGCAGCAACGCUACCACCAUCAACCGGACGCGCAGGAAUCUCAAGAUCUACGUGCGCCUGUCGCUGAUGAUGGGCUUGGCGUGGGUGUUCGCGAUAGUCGGCGCAUUCACCGACAGCGACGUCGCCUGGACGCUCAACACGGCCCUCAACUCGCUGCAGGGCGCGUUCAUAUUCGUCGCGUUCGAUUGCAACCGUAUCACCGUGCAGAAGUUGGCCGUGUUCCGCAAACAACCAUCCGUGUCCGAUACUCAGACCACCACAGCGGCCACGCCGCUCAGUGCCUCGACUUAG